UGAGAGUUUGACUCCUCCUCGCUCCAAAGUCCUCCUGAACACGAGGAGAGGGAGAGAGAGAGAGAGAGAGAGAGAGAGAGAGGGAGAGGGGGAAGGAAGGAAAGGAGGACGAGAGACACACACACACACACACACGGAGGAAGGAGGGAUGGGAGCGCCAGAGAAAGAAGACAUUAAAAAGAAGAAAUGCUCAAAAGAAGUUUAUUUCUCGGUGUUGCCAGAUCGAUACGAGCCUCUGGAGGAAGAGGAGGAAGAGGAGGAAGAGGAGGAGAGGAAGGAGAGGAAGGAGAGGAAGGAGGAGAGGAGGGAGGAGACGAGAGAGGAGAGGAGGCAGAGGAAGGAGGAGAAGAAACAGAAGAAAAAGAACAAAUACAAGAAGUACAGGAAGAACGUGGGGAAGGCGCUGCGGUUCAGCUGGCGCUGCCUGAUGCUCGGCCUCCAGAGUAUGACGUCGUCGUACUCCAGCCCCGCCUCCGCUGCCGUCGCCGUGGUGACGCUGACUGAAGCUCGCCGGAACGCUAGCGCCAACAAAGCAUGAUGGGACACGGAGUCCCAGUCUUUACCUUCGUUUAAUAAUCCUUGUUUCUUAGACGUUUUGGGGUUGUUUUUCCCACUUUGUUUACAUUUCUAUGUGGAAUUUUUCAACAUUUUUUCUGACUUUUUUUGUUGUAUUUUUUAAAAGGUUUUUUUA